AUGUAUAGAGUAGAAAAAAGUGAUAAUAAAGAAAAAUUGAAGAUAGAAGAACAUUUUAAGAUGGAGAAUAAAACAAUAAAUAAGGAAGUAAAAGAUAGUCAAAAAAAUAUUACAAAUGAAAAUUCAAUAAUUAAAAGAAAAAGCGAUGAAUUUAUGAAUAAUAAAAAAAGUAUUAAUUUAUUAAAUGAAGAACAUUUAAAAAUUGAUAAAAUUUGUGAAAAUAAAGAGGAAUAUAAAUUAACACAAGAAAAAAAUGAAUUCGAAAUAAAUCAAAAAGAUAUAUUACAGGAUAAAAGUUCAUAUAUUGAAAUUAAUUAUAACAUAAAUAAAGAAACAAAUUAUGCAGAAAAUACAAAGAACGAAAAAAAUGAAGAAAUAAAAAACAGUAAAAAUGAAGAGAAUUUUAAGGAUAACAAUGAAUUGGAUACAAUUGAAAAAAAAGAAUUAUAUAAUAAUAUAUAUGAAAAAUAUAAUAGUGUAAAAAAUAAUUCAUUUAGCUCAGAUAAAAACAAUCAAAAAAAUGAUAUAAAAUGUGUUAAUGAUAUAAAAAUUGAUAAUAGUUCAAUGAUUAAAGACAACAAAGCAAUAACUAAAAACUAUAUUAAAAAUAUAGAUAUAUUUAAGUAUAACGAAAAAGAAAAAAUAAUAGAACUACAUAAAAAUGAUAAAAAUACAAAUAUAAAUAUAUAUAAACGUAUGUAUCAAUCAUACAUUCUUUUAAAAAGAGAGCACACAGAAUUAAUAGAAGAAAAUAGAAAAAAAUUAGAGACAAAUAAAAAAUUAAAAUAUGAAUUAGAAAAUUUAAAAAAUAAUAAUUAUUAUUCUAACUUCUUUUUUAAAAAUGAUUCCGAUAAUCUUUUUGAUGAUUUAGCAUCAGGAUUUACCAAUAUUUUGAAAUGGAUAAAUAUGGAAAAUAAAAUUGUUCAAAAAAAUCAUAGUGGUAGUCAACAAAAUAAUGAUUUUUUUUUUCAAAAUAAUAAAAAUUCAGAGAAUAAUUACCAGAAGAUUUCUUCAAAUAAAGUAAAUAUGAAAAAAAAAAAAAAAAAUUUAUAUCUAAAACAAGAAAGAAUAAUAGUAAAUAAUGACCUAAAUAAUAAAAAAAAAAAUUUCAUAAAAAUUGAAAAUUAUAAUAAAGAAAUACAAAAGUUAGAUAUAAAAAAUACAAUUAAUACAAAUAUACAUGAUAAAUUAAAUAAAAAUGAUAUAUUAAAAAAGGAUACUUUUAAAAGUGCUAGUGAUAAUAUUAUUCAUAAUAGUAAUAUUUCUGAAAACGCUGCAGAUAUAAAAAGCAUUACUAAAAAGGAAAUAAAGGAUAACAAUAUUAAUAAUAAAAAUAUAGAUAAAAACUUAAUGAAAAAUGAUAAAAAUAUAAAUGAUGAAAGUAUUAAUAAUGAAAAAGAUAUUGAUAGAAAUUUGAUAAAUAAAGAAAGCUUUAUAUUUAAUGAUAAAGUCGACAGUGAUAAGAACAUAAGUAAAAAUAUUAAAAAAAAAGAAAGUUUUACAAAUAAUGAAAAUACUAUUAGUGAUAAUAAAAAUGUAGAUAAAAGUUUAAUAAGUGAUAAAAAGUUAGAAGAAAGUAAUAACUCUCUUCAUUUAUAUGAUAAUAUGUAUGAGAAUAAUGAAGGCUUUGAAAGAAUUAAAAAUUUAGACAAAAUUGAAAAUACAGAAAAAGAUAAUAACACAGAAGAAAUAAUAAAUUCCUUAAGAAUCUCUAAAAAAAAAGAAAGAAUUCCAACAUUUGAUAAUAGUAAAGAUCGUAAAAUAAAAAAGAAUUCUUUUUUGUGGCAAAAGGAGAAUGUAUUUAAAAAAAAAGAAAUUAAACAUUAUUAUAAUAAAGAAAUCGAAAAUUCAAAAUCAAAAUGCAUUUAUAAAGAAAAUGAUUCUUUAUUACAAAAUGAUUCAAUAAAUGAAAAUAUUAUUGAUUGUAUAAAAAAGAAAUUAAAUGAUAGAAUUAGAAAUAUGAAUAACAUAACAAGAGGUGGUCCUACAGAAAAAUUUAUAUUCCAUAUAUGCAAUUACAACGAAGAUAAAUAUAUUCCUUUAAAUUUAAAUAAUUUUUUUUUAAUUAAUGAAAAUCUUCAUUCAGAUAUAGAUCUAAGUUUAAACCAUUUAAAAAAUAUUGAUUUUAUUUUUAAAAAAAAAAAAAAAAAAAAUUUAAUUAAUAAAAGUAACAAUAUAAAAAAAAAUAUUCUAGUUAAUGCUUCGAAUGAUAGAAAUAUAAAUAUGUGUCCAAAUUUAACCAACUAUUCAAAAAAAAACAACAUAAAUAAUAUGAAGGCAUUAAUGAAUAAAAAUAAAAAUUCAUAUGAUAAUGAAAUAAAAAUUAAAAACACAUAUAAUAAUUAUUCUAUAAAAAAAAAGAAUUACAUCUUUAAAAUUUAUGAUAAGAAUUGUAAUUACGAAAAUAAUGAAAAUUCGAAAGAGAAGAAUUUUUUUUUUUUGACAAACAUAAAGGAGAAACAUUUUUACGUAGUUAAUAAAUCAAGUGAAAGUAUGAUUAACAAGAAUUUUAAGAAUUUUAAAAAUAAAGUAAUGAACAAUAUGUGUAUAACUAUUCAAAAAGAAAAUUUUAAUUUUAUAAUUAAUAGAAUAAAUGCUAUAGAAAGAAAGAGAAAAAAAAAUAACCAAAUAAUUAAGUAUAAAUUUAAGUUAAUUAAAAAUGAGAAAAAUGAAAUAUUGUUAUAUCAAUUAAAAAAAAAUUUCAAUUAUGGAAUUAUUUUUACUAAUGUAUUAUCAAAUACCAAUCCUUUUUGUAAUAAAACAAAUUUUAUGUUUAGAAAAAAUAAGUUUCUACUUUAUAAGAGUAUAAUAAAUAAUAGAAAUAAAAAGAGAUAUUCCUUAAAAAAAAAAAAAAAAAAAAUAGAGAUUGGAAAUAUUUUAAAAGGAAAUGCAGAUAAAGAUAAUAAAAAUUUCAUAAAUAAUUUAAUUUUAAAUUAUGAUAAAAAAGACAUUUAUAAAAAUGAUAACCAAAACUUUAAUGAAAAUAACAUCAAUAAAAUAGAAAAUGCAUAUAAAAUUGACUAUGAGGAAGAAUAUAAAAUAAAUAAUUAUGAUAAAAAUGAAAAUAUUAAAAGACCUAUGAAGAAUACAAAAAUUGAUGAUGCAGAUAGAAUUACAAUAAAAGUAUCAGAAAGUAAUUCUAAUAAUGAAAAAAUUAUAAAUAUAAAAGAAAUGAAUCAAGAAAAAGGUGAAUCAAAUAAUAUAAAUGAAAAAAUAAACGUUUCAAAAAAUGAUGUAAUAGAUAAAAAAAUAGAAAACUAUAUAUUUGAAAAUAAUAUAAAUAUUCCAGCAAACAGUGAAAUUUUAAUACAAUUCAAAGAGUUAUUAAAAGAACAUAUAAAAUCACUGAAUAUUUUAAGUAAAAAAAUUGAUAAAAUAGAAAACGAAAAUAACUGUGAAGUAAUAAUUAUAGGAAUAAAGCUCAUAUUAAAUGAUAAACAUAUUUAUCUCUUAGUUGAUGCAUUAAAUAGUAUAGAAAAUAUAGUAUGUAAAUGGAUUAAUAAAAAUAAAGAAAUAAUUAAAAAUUAUAUAAAAAAUAACUCUAAAAUUUAUAACUUCUUUAAUUAUUAUCAUAUAAAUUUAUAUAUUUUUUUUUAUAACCUUUUAAAUAUUCUAGAAGAUUAUAUUGAACAAUUUCCUUUUUAUUUUUCAAUUGUAUUGGAAGAUUUGUUCUAUAUAUCUUAA